GACUCUGCUUUUACAACCAAGUUAAUAUCGGCUGACUGCGGAGGGAGUGGACGGCAGCUCCCCGCUGACGGUCGUCCUCACAUUUUAUCUGACUUUUUCCAUUUGAAACUGGUUUUAUUCUUCAAUAUCCGAGUGGACGGAGUUGCUGUUUUGACAAGGAUCAGGAAGCUGUGCCGGCUGUGGUUUGAGAAAGGAACAUGGCUUCCCAGGCUGAUCUGAUGGAGCUGGACAUGGCCAUGGAGCCAGAUCGUAAGGCAGCAGUCAGUCACUGGCAGCAACAGUCCUACCUGGAUUCAGGCAUCCACUCUGGGGCCACCACCACAGCUCCCUCCCUCAGUGGAAAGGGAAACCCAGAGGAAGAGGACGUCGACAACCAGGUCCUAUAUGAAUGGGAGCAGGGCUUCAACCAGAACUUCUCCCAGGAACAAGUGCAAGACAUAGAUGGUCAGUAUGCCAUGACACGUGCACAGCGGGUGCGUGCAGCCAUGUUCCCAGAGACCCUUGAGGAGGGCAUGCAGAUCCCCUCUACCCAGUAUGAUGGAGCACACCCCACCAAUGUCCAGAGGCUGGCAGAACCCUCACAGAUGCUCAAACACGCUGUGGUUAAUCUGAUCAACUACCAAGACGAUGCUGAGCUGGCAACCAGAGCCAUACCAGAACUCACCAAGCUGCUCAACGACGAGGAUCAGGUUGUAGUAAACAAGGCAGCGGUGAUGGUCCACCAGCUAUCAAAGAAAGAAGCUUCGCGUCAUGCCAUCAUGCGCUCCCCUCAGAUGGUGUCAGCCAUUGUCAGGACCAUGCAGAACACCAAUGAUGUGGAGACAGCUCGCUGCACCGCAGGAACGCUCCACAACCUGUCCCAUCACAGAGAGGGACUGCUGGCCAUCUUCAAGUCGGGAGGAAUACCAGCCCUUGUUAAAAUGCUGGGAUCACCAGUGGACUCGGUCCUGUUCUAUGCCAUCACCACCCUCCACAACCUCCUCCUGCACCAGGAAGGAGCCAAAAUGGCUGUCCGUUUAGCUGGAGGACUACAGAAGAUGGUUGCUUUGCUCAACAAAACCAAUGUCAAGUUCUUAGCCAUCACCACUGACUGUCUGCAGAUAUUGGCCUAUGGAAACCAGGAAAGCAAGUUGAUCAUCCUGGCCAGUGGUGGCCCUCAGGCCUUGGUCAACAUUAUGAGGACUUACACCUAUGAGAAACUGUUGUGGACGACUAGUCGAGUUCUCAAAGUACUGUCAGUCUGCUCCAGCAACAAGCCUGCCAUUGUGGAGGCUGGAGGUAUGCAGGCCCUGGGACUCCAUCUGACAGACCCCAGCCAGAGAUUGGUCCAGAAUUGUCUCUGGACUCUCAGGAACUUAUCAGAUGCUGCCACCAAACAGGAGGGAAUGGAGGGACUCCUAGGAACUCUGGUCCAGCUGCUAGGAAGCGAUGACAUCAAUGUCGUGACUUGUGCUGCUGGCAUCCUGUCCAAUCUGACCUGUAACAACUACAAAAACAAGAUGAUGGUGUGCCAGGUUGGAGGUAUUGAGGCAUUAGUUCGCACAGUGCUUCGGGCUGGAGACAGAGAAGACAUCACAGAGCCAGCUAUCUGUGCCCUGCGUCACCUCACAUCUCGACACCAGGACGCAGAGAUGGCCCAGAACGCUGUCAGACUCCACUAUGGCCUGCCAGUGGUCGUCAAAUUACUGCAUCCACCAUCACACUGGCCGCUUAUUAAGGCCACAGUGGGAUUGAUCCGUAACUUGGCGCUGUGUCCUGCCAAUCACGCCCCUCUGAGAGAGCAGGGUGCCAUCCCCAGACUGGUACAGCUGCUGGUCAGAGCACACCAAGACACACAGAGACGCACAAGCAUGGGAGGCACACAGCAACAGUUUGUGGAGGGAGUUCGUAUGGAGGAGAUUGUGGAAGGCUGCACAGGAGCACUCCACAUCCUGGCCAGAGACGUUCACAACAGAAUAGUUAUCAGAGGACUUAACACCAUUCCACUCUUUGUACAGCUGUUGUAUUCUCCCAUUGAGAACAUCCAACGUGUAGCAGCAGGCGUCCUGUGUGAGCUGGCCCAGGACAAAGAGGCUGCUGAGGCCAUUGAGGCUGAGGGAGCCACCGCCCCACUUACAGAACUACUGCACAGCCGCAAUGAGGGAGUUGCAACUUACGCUGCAGCGGUGCUAUUCCGCAUGUCUGAGGACAAACCCCAGGACUACAAGAAACGGCUCUCUGUAGAACUCACCAGCUCCCUCUUCAGGACAGAGCCCAUGGCCUGGAACGAGACUGGAGAGUUGGGCUUGGACAUCGGAGCUCAGGGAGAGCCUCUGGGCUACAGACAGGAGGACCCAAGCUACCGCUCCUUCCAUUCGGGGGGUUACGCAGGGGACUCAAUGGGCAUGGAGCCCAUGAUGGACCAUGACCUGGGCGGAGGUCACCACCCUGGCCAGGACUACCCCCCUGUAGAGGGGCUGCCUGACCUGGGACACGCCCAGGACCUGAUAGAUGGCCUGCCCCCUGGCGACUCCAACCAACUGGCCUGGUUCGAUACUGACCUGUAAAUACCAAGACCACGACCAACAUUACACUACACUUUCUACUAGCUGUAUCAUGUGAUCUGGAUGAACCUGCAUUGUGAUUCGCCCAUAUGGAGGAGGCGGGGUUUCAGAAAGUGCCUGAAGACGACUCAACAACAGCAAGCAGAGUUUCCUGUCUAUGGGAACUCCAUGGGGACAAACUAGAUUUAAGUGCGGUUCUGUUCUGGUGUGGCCCUGCAGUGGGCCGACUUCCAAUCCUGACACGACACACGGAGUUAGAUCCCAACGGUUGAAUUUUAAAAACCCUUUUAUGUCUGUAUUUUUUUUUCUUUUAAUUUUUUACUUUUAUUCGGUUGUUUUACAUUUUAUUCUUUUUUUCCUUUCAAGUCUGUAAUGGUACCGAUUUGAUUCUAGCUUGCUUUAUGAUUAUUCUGAAUUAUGAUACUCAUCUCUUGUUUUUGCAGUCCCUUGUAUUUUAAGUCUGGUAGUGUUGAGUUUUCUAGUGGUAAUGCUCCAUCCAAGUAAAGAAUUUGAUCACGUUUUAAAUGGUGUCCAAACACUAAAGUUAAUCAGUUGAAUUGUAUUCUGAUGAUCAAGUGUAACAUUGUGUAGCUUUUGUAUAAAAACCUGAAUUGGAAAUCAUGGUCCAAAUAUCAAGCUAUUUUCUUGCUUUAAAGGUGGACACUGAGGUGUCUCCGCUGUUCCAAAGGGGGUGUAGCUGACCUAGCUGGGUGUGGCUGUUAAUGACGGACAGGGGUGGAGGAGGGCUCUUAUUGGUCUGCUGUUACUAAGGGGUGGGGUAGUGGGAGGAGCUGGAUGCUGUAGCCUGCUGUGUUCUGAAACAAUAAAAUGGACUGUCAUUUCA